GUUUGACAUUUAGAGAUUUUUGUUUGGUUGCUUGACGGCCGGACUCAGCGAAAAAUUUGAUUACUCAUUUUGUACGAAAACCUGUGAAACUUUCAUUUAUUCGUUUUAUUCUAAAAGAAAUCUAUUCAAGAUGUUUCUUACACGUUCUGAGUACGACCGUGGUGUAAACACAUUCAGCCCUGAAGGAAGGCUGUUCCAAGUGGAAUAUGCCAUUGAAGCGAUCAAACUUGGUUCGACGGCGAUUGGUAUCUGCACUUCUGAAGGUGUAGUUCUGGCUGUAGAAAAGAGGAUUACUUCGCCACUAAUGGAGCCUACUACGAUUGAGAAGAUUGUAGAGGUGGACAGACAUAUUGCGUGCGCUGUUUCUGGAUUGAUGGCUGAUUCUAGAACUUUAGUGGAGCGUGCUCGUGUGGAGUGCCAGAACCACUGGUUUGUGUACAAUGAGCGCAUGAGUGUGGAGUCUUGUGCUCAGGCUGUAUCCAACUUGGCCAUCCAGUUUGGAGACAGUGAUGAUGAUAGUGGAACAGCCAUGUCUAGACCUUUUGGUGUUGCUGUCAUGUUUGCAGGUAUUGAUGAGAAAGGACCGCAGCUGUUCCAUAUGGAUCCCAGCGGUACAUUUGUGCAGUAUGAUGCUAAGGCCAUUGGCUCUGGUAGUGAAGGUGCUCAGCAGAGUUUGAAGGAAGUAUACCACAAAUCGAUGACUCUCAAGGAAGCUAUUAAGUCAGCGCUCACUAUCCUCAAGCAAGUUAUGGAGGAGAAGCUUUCAGAGAACAAUGUGGAGGUUGUGACCAUGACUCCUGGAUCCAUGUUCCACAUGUUUACCCGAGAACAGCUGGCUGAGGUUAUUAAAGACAUACCUUGAGUACUCAUAGUAAUUAGCAG